AUGAAUUUAACCGAUUGGUCAGUGAAAGCUUAUGUGGAAACGCCAGCAACCACGAUGACCACAACCUCUGCGUCACUAUCAUCGCCAACAUCGUCUUCAGCAACGAUGUCUUCACCGUCCUUAGCCUCUAGUGUAUUUUCUACGGUUGCGACGGAGAUGCUCAGUACGAUGGCAUCGGCAAUGAUGACGUCUUCAACGGCAACUUCUACCGUCGACGACAACGAUAUUCGAGUGAUUAUGCUGAAUAAUUCGGCACAAUCUGGAGUUUCAAUAGAGAAUCUCACCGUGGAAGAGACGUGUCGAUUUCGUAACACUAACGAAAACUACGUGAUCGUCUUUACUUUUAUUACGAUAUUCCUACUAUCAGUCAUUGGUAACGUACUUGUCAUAGUGGUCAUCUUACAGCAACGGGCUAUGCGUUCAAUAACAAACAUCUACCUCAUGAACCUUGCCAUCACUGACUUGAUGUUAUCAGUGGUAUGUAUGCCACCAACAUUGUUUUCCAUGGUUAUGAACUGUUGGAUUUUUGGCAAUCUUCUAUGCAAAGUGUUUGCUUACUUGCAACCUAUGGUUGUAACAGCAUCUGCCUAUACUUUGGCUGUGAUCGCCUUUGAAAGGUAUUACGCCAUUUGUCGCCCCCUACAUUCUCGUAUAUGGCAAACACGAUCACACGCGUACGCGAUGAUCAUGCUUGUAUGGGUUAUUGCAUUGGUCGCAAAUGUGCAUAUGCUUGCUAUGUACGAAGAACUUCCUUAUAAUGGGAAUGGUCUAAUGUGUGCACCACGUUUCGCUUAUAUCUACUACUUUGUCAAUCAGGUGUACAUAUUUAUUGUAUUGCUUGUUAUCCCACUGGUGAUUAUGACGGUCCUGUACGGAUCAGUGAUUCGCACACUAAAACUUGGUAUUCAAGUCGAAAUUGCUGCCGUUGACUCUGUAGAUCAGGAGAGCAAACGUUCUGAAAGUCCCGAUGAAAAUGACAAUCAGCAAAAGGAAAAGCUGACAUUCUUUCAAAAACUUACGAGAAAGUUACGAAUUGGGAAAAAGAGUGGUGUGGUGAAGACAAGGGAUUCCACUGCGCGAAAGCGAAGCGAUGUGCCACCACUAGAAGGUAGCCUUCGAUCUACACACAUACAGAAAAGCGCUCUAGCGAAACAGCGGGUAAUCAAGAUGCUUAUCGUUGUUGUCAUUAUUUUCUUCUGUUGUUGGACUCCGUCUUAUAUUUGGUGGUUGAUAUUGACAGCCGGUGAUAGUUUUGAGAGUCUCGGAUUGAACGUAUGGAAUUCGGAUCUGAACACAUUUAUAACACUUCUAACAUAUAUUUCUUCAUGUACUAACCCUAUAACUUAUUGUUUUCUUAACAAAAAAUUUCGUACAGCGAUCUAUGCGAUGUUUGGCAAAAAGAAGGUACUACGACAUCAUUUUCAGAAGGUAUAUUUUCUCGUUAACGCUCCUCAAACACCACAGUUGCCACACGAUAAUAGACCCAUGAUCAACAGGUCAGUCUCGUCGACCUUCAAUCCUCCACGUCCGGUCGAUUCUAGCGCUAGAUCGCCGCUCACAUUGGCGCGGAGUAUCUCGCAAACCAAGCCAAGCAACUAUCGUGUGGCGUGAUAUCGAUUUUGGUCAUAGAUCAAAGCAAUGAAUCGAUAUUCGGGGCUGAUGCCAGCUCAUUAGCACGUGUGAUUCUCAGAAUUUCCGCUUUAUUAUUGGGUCGCUAAAUUACGAUGUUCACCAUGCUGAGAAUAUACACAAUAGGUGAACUACUUCAUGUAAUCAAAUUAAUUGAUUGAUGAGUGAUUUGCUGCCAAAUUUCCUCCCAAAGAGCUUCGUACGGGU